AUGAGUUGGGAGGUUCUUGAUCAGAGGCCGGUGAUGCGGCUGUUGCAUGGUCUCUCCGAUCUCCUGGCGGAAAUGCCGAAGGAAGGCAAGGGCGUCAGCACAGCGCAGACGAAAGCACAUAGUGGCGCGAACGACCCGGACGAUCUGCCUCUGGUCAUCUCCUGCUCGGUGUCCUCCACUUCCACCGCAGGGCAAUGGGUUUUCAAAGCUUCGGCCUCUGGCGAAGACUGCGCAGCCUUCGUCAGGAAAACCGUGGCAGAGGCCACAGGCAGUCGUCAGAGGCACAUGUGUUCGAGCGACCAAAAGCCCGUGCGUUCCAUGGCUAACGACGAAGCUGCAGAUCCGUGGUCUGUGGCUGACCCUUGGGGCGGCAGCAGCGCACCUGUGGUGGACGCCGCUGCUGAGACCGAUCACGCACCAACUGCGCAGCAACCUCCUGUCAAUGAUGAGCAGUCCUGGGAUGUCCAAGGAAGCAGGGAGCCGGACGCCACAGAGGCGACCCGGCCUUGGACGCGGGAGGACUGGGAUUCCUGGCAGUCUCGCUGGGACAAUUGGGGCUCCCAAGAUGGGGGCAGCGACACAUCGAGCUGGUCGUGGUCCACGUGGAACUCUGGAAGCUGGGGCGGAAGGGAUUCCACGUGGCGAGAUAACGGCGAUUGGGGCCACUGGCGACGAUGGCCAUCCGGGCACAGCGCUACUACCGGGACUACAGGUACCUCCGGGGGUCCGCCGGCUACAUGGACCGGCACAUCUUCGAGUACCUGGGAGAGGUUCGGGGAUCCAUCAACGACCUGGUCGGCCGGAAGACCUACGGCGGGAUCGUGGGACGGAUGGCAGUCGGGAUGGGACUCUGCGCGUCAUCAGGGCGCAAGCACCCCGGCUCCUGCGACCUACAAGCCGGACUACCCUGCCUACAAUGGGAGCAAAGGGCCAUCUGAGCGGCUCAUAGUGCCGACAUUCACCGGGGAGUCGGAAGGCAAUGGUGACCUUGGUACGUCGGCAAGGAGCUACCUGAGGCAAGUCAGCGCUUGGGAGAAGAUGACCAAACUAGCCCCUGAUGAACGGGCCCUGGUGCUCUACCAGCACUUGUCUGGAUCUGCAUGGGUCAACUCUGAAUCCCUGAACGUUGAGGAGCUGGCCCGUCCUGAUGGAGUCGAUCGCCUUCGAGAAUGGAUCCGCCAGCACUACCUGGAUGUCGAGGUGACUCAGGUUGGCCGCUCUUUGAGCGAUCUGUUCAGGAAGCUACGCCGGCGACCCCAGCAAAGUUUUAGGGAUUAUGCUGCUGAGUUUAAUAGGCUUUUGGCUCGGGUUCUGGAGUGCGGUUGUGCUUUACCAGACGUAGCCAAUGCCUGGCUGUUCGUGGACCGGGCGAACUUGGACGAGUCCACCGAGGUGAGCCUUCUCGCGAGCGUCGGCAACAAGUACGCCCUGAAGGCUCUGCAGUCUGCCGCCAUUGUUUUGGACCGCUCCAUGCGAAAGCCCUGGGAGAAGACUGGAUUCAAGCCGAGAACUCAAAGCGUCAACCAGACAGAGGAUGUUGAGAUGAACUCCGACUCCGAGGUCGAAGAGCCGCUCCUCGACGAUCCGGCGGGCCACUCUGAGGAGCUCUACCUCUCCAAAAUGACGGCUAAGGCUCGCUACAAGGAGGUCGCCAAGGCUAGGGGCAUCGACUACAAGGGGACGGAGAAGGAUGCUGAUGCCAGUGCCAUCAGGAAAGCUGCCGAGGCGAAGAUCCAGCUCGCCAAAUCGAAGUCGCACUGCUCCGCUUGUGGGCAGAAGGGGCAUUGGCAUAAGGACACCAUUUGCCCAAAGCACCCGGGCGGGAAGUCUGGAACUACAGGCGGUCAGACGCAAACCAUCCACGUCACCAACGAGGUCUACGAGCUUGUGGCCGGCGUCAGCGGGGGACUCCAGGCCAUUCUGGACUCAGCCUGUUCUAAGACCGUCGUUGGAACGGCUUGGUUACAGAAGUACCUGGACUACGUCAAGGACAGCGGCUACGACGUCAUCUUUGUCUACGAGAAAGAGAGCUUCCGUUUUGGCGCUGCCAGCAGGAUCUAUGAGUCUACCUACGCGGCGGUGAUCUUGGUUCCGAUGUUCGAGCACAUCGUCGCGGUCAAGGCCGCGGUGAUCCACGGGGACAUUCCAUUAUUGAUGUCCAAGCCGGCCCUCUCUCGCCUCGGGCUCAUCCUCGACCUCGGGAACAAUGCUGCCACGUUCCGGGCGCUACAGGACGGCGAAGUCCAGUUGUGUGAGACGGCGAGUGGGCACCCGGCCAUCGUUGUAGAUCACUCCAAGCUGGCAAAGCCUGACACUUCAUGCUUCCCUGACCAUUGGGAGCCGCACGGUGUUGCAAUUGUUCGUCCCCGUGAGGUGUAUAUGACGGCUUGCAGUGGGGCUUUGGGCGAUGAUCAUGUAUGUCCUGGUGAUGAUAGCGGCGUACCAAAGAUCUUCUACGACAAGAAGUUAGAUAGUGCUGUAAAAGACAUGCUGACGGAUGAUGUGCUGAACGAGGAGUUGUUUGCUACUUGGUGGGCCAGUACUGAGAUCACUAGUCUCAAGCUGUACCUCUUGAUCCCCCUGUGUGCCAUGCUGCCGGUAUGGAAGAUGAACAAGUCGCAACUCAUGGAAGAAUGCCGCCGCCGAGGACUGGCUAUCGGGGAGAAGUGGACAUGCCCCGAGUUGCGCACGGUGAUCCUGGCGGACAAGGAGUUCGAGACGAAGAACAAAGGACAAGCGGUCCCCAAGGGGCUCUCCUCGAUGUCGCUCCAGGAGCUGAAGGACGAAGCGAUGAAGAUGGAGUUGGAGGUGCGCACCAACGACACCAAGGGGAGUCUCAUGCUCCGCAUACGCGAUGCCGGGGCACCGUCGGACACUGUGAUGACGAUCGGACGGUUUCGCGGGACGACGUUUGCUCAGAUCCCCGAGAACUACGGCGACUGGGCCUCGGAAGAGGAACGACGAAACGGGGACAACAUGCACAACGACCUCAAGAGGUUUGUGCAGUGGCGUCGCCAUCGGCGGAGCCGGGCAAAGGGAUCGGCGAGUUCAGUGGUGGAGCCUACGGCGCCGAGCUACCUGGACGUGGAGACCUACGCGAUGGUGACCCCGCCCCCGGACUCGACUGGCGAGGUCCUCACGGCGCGCCAUUGUGCCCGCGGCAACGCUCAGGAUCACCCCGGAGAAGCCCUUGCCCGAGCCGCUCUGGAGGCUGGGGAUUUCUCGUUCGACACCGCGACCAAGAUCCUCCAGGAGUACAACUUGAAGCCUUCCAAUCACCGUCGUGAUCAACUUCAUGGAGAUCCCGAUGUAGGCGGACGCUGUAACCUUGGGUACUACGCCUAUGGGACCUUCAAAGGGAUCAGCCGAAAGACGACUACGUGGCCCAUGCUGACUCGUUUCCUGAAUGGUCUGCUUGCUGAGUGUUCUGGACCCGCCGGACCAGACCAACCAAGGGCCAUCUGGACUUCCUUAGCUCUCCUCGGGAACUGCCCCACUGCCGUGCACACCGACAAGAACAACUUGAAGGGCAGCCAGCAGCGGCAAUGGGGGAGGCCUUUGGAUCCAAGAGCCCGGUGGCGGCACCUGGCCACAAAGCAGGAGAAGAAGAUCCUCCACGACCUCGGCUUCCCGGCGCCCACCAAGGCGGAGCUCCGAGACAUCAGGAAACGUGAUCUACUACCUCCUGGAGAAGAGAACAACCCCAAGGACGAAGGCCACGCUUCGCCUUCUUCCAAGCCUAUCCGGAGCCAAAGGAAGAAUUUGAGACGGGCGGCAAUGAUGCUUUCGGUCCUCUUCACGACCGCCCUAUCCACCAUGCACGGUGCGGCCCAAGCUGUCUUACCCUUCCGAAGCACUCCGGAGACAGCGCUCUUGGAGGUGGGCGGACUCUCUGCCACUUGUCGCCUCGCUGAGUAUGGGGUGUGCGACCAACACCUUCUUGAACCCCUGCUCACCGAGGACGUGCUCUACAACGACCACCCGCAGGAACUUGGCAUCGGCUACAUUGAGGCGAUGAGUAUGCGGCACCAGCCAGGGCAACUCUGGAUCCACAUGCGGCCCGAAUGGGGACAGACCAACGUCUACAACGACCUCGUCGAGGCCGUGAGCUACCAACUCGGAGAGGGACGGGCUGUGGUUUUCGAAAAGGAGGUCGAGGACCCUACUUUAUGGGACGGUUUGACCAACGGCUGGGAGGAUGCGGGCUACGAGGUUUCCUACGACUUCACCGAGGACGGCCACCAGUACCUGCGCGUGAUUCAGGCGGCACCGGAGAACUACGCGCACACCGUGUACCUCGGCGAGAAUGAGACCGACGAGGAACUGCUGCCUGUGAGCCUUGACCCGGAGGGCCAGGAGGACACCGCACCGAUUCCCAGGGGAGCACAAGCUAUAUCGUUUCCCCCAAGUGUUUCAGAGACCAUCGCCUCAAGCUUACGACGGCUCCACCAGAACCUCGGGCAUCCCAGCACCACCGACUUUGUGCGGCAUCUACGACUCGCUGGGGCCUCCCGGGACGUGCUUAAGGCAGCUCGUUCUCUCGAGUGCCAGGUCUGUGCAAGGACCAAGCAUCCGGCUAUUCCAAAACCGGCCAAGAUCGCCCCAUGCUACCGCUGCAAUGAGAUGGUCGGGACCGAUUUGUUCUAUGUUCACGACAGCGAAGGCCGGCGUCACCAGCUGCUCUCCAUUGUCGACUUCUCCUCUGCGUACCAGGUCGUUGUGCCCGUCGCAAAGAAGGACACAGCGACGCUUGAGAAAGCGUUUUGUGCUAGCUGGAUCCAGGUGUUCGGGGCGCCUUCUGUCGUCGCUGUCGAUUUGGAGAACGGGUUGGAGAAGUCUUUGGCCCGCAUAGGCGAUUGGACCGGCACCAAGAUCCGCAGCGCCGCCGGACAGGCGCAUCAUCAGGCCGGCUUUGUUGAACGCCAGGGCGCCGUCUGGAAAGCAGUAUUCAGCCGGAUCUGUGAGGAGUGCUCGGUAUGCCAAGCUGACUUCCACCUUGCAGUCGGCGCUGUUUCCACGGCAAAGAACCAGCUGACGCGCAUCAGUGGUUUUAGCCCAAGCCAGCAUGUUUUCGGCUCGGCACCCGGCCUACCUGAAGACCUACUGGAAGGACCCCAUGCUGGAGAUCCCGAAGAUGCCAUCAUCGUUGACGACAAGCACGCCCGCGAGGUUGCCCUCAGGACUGCUGCGCGUUCUGCCUACUUCCACGUCCAGACCGACGAACGAGUUCGCCGUGCUCUUGCUGGCCGUGCUCGUGUCGAGGAUCGAGUUCCUGAAUGCGGGGAGCGGGUCUUCUACUACAGGAAGACCAAGAACAACAAGAAGGGGUGCUGGAUCGGCCCUGGUACCGUGAUCGGAAGGGAUGGCUACAACCUCUGGGUCACCCGCGCUGGCAGGUGCGUCCUUUGCGCUCCCGAACAUGUUCGAUUGGCGACUGCUGAAGAACUUGGCCAAGCCUUCAGUAUGCGGGUCGCCCAAGAGGACUUGGACAGGCUGCUGAAUGCUGACUCGGACGCCCCCGGAGUGUUCGAUGGAGACGAUGGCGGCGAGGACGAAGAGAUGGUCAACAUCGAGGCGGGCGGCAUCGGGGAGGUUGCGUUUGACAUGGAGGAGGAGCCCGAGGAGAGACGCGGACUACGACGAGAUCUGGUCCGCGUACCCCCUCGUGUCCUGAAGAGGCAACGACGCAAGGGCCGCGGCGAGGAGGCGCUAGCCGACGAUGGGGUGAACGCGGUCCACAUGAUCAAGAAGGCCAAGACCCCACGUUCCAGAGAGAAACAGUUGGAGAAGGAGAUGCCAUGGAACAUGAUCCCGGACUUCAUGCGCCCGGCCUUCCGUGAGAAAGAGAUGGUCCAGUGGAAUGAGCAUGUGGACACCGGGGCGCUAGAGGUGCUAAGUGUUCAAGAAAGUGAAGAAGUCCGGAGAACAGAACACCCAAGCCGGAUACUCACUUCGCGGUUCGCCUACCGCGACAAACACCUCGGCCGUCGCCGUGCCAACCCAGACACGCCGUGGAAGCCAAAAUCCAGGCUGGUAGUCGGAGGACAUCAAGAUCCUGACGUCGGCAUCGCGGACAUUGCCGUUGACAGCCCAACCGUGUCACGAGCUUCCUUGAUCUCGCUUUUACAGAUAUGUGCCUCCAAGCGGUGGAAGGCUGCAGCUGGUGAUGUUCAAGCUGCGUUCCUGCAGGGAGUCGAACUGUCCCGGAGGCUAUGGGUGGCACAGCCAAAGUCUGGGAUACAAGGCCUGGACCCGCGGCAAAUCGCCCGGAUCCGGAAAGGAGUUUUUGGACUCUCAGAGAGUCCUCGGAUGUGGUACGACCGGUUGUCCAGCGUCCUGCUUGGCGAAGUCUUCGACCUUCAUGGAGUACCCCAUCGGCUCGUUCCAAGUCCGCUGGACCCCUGUGUGAUGAUGUUGCUUGAGAACGGCCAACCCGGGGAACCAAAGGGCUAUCUCGCCAUGCACGUGGACGACAUCCUCGUCCUCGCCCCCACGGAGAUCAACCGAAUGCUUCAAGGGCGGAUCAACCAGCUGUUCCCCAUUGACGGUUGGCUGGAGGACAGCUUUGAGUACGUCGGGUCAUUCAUCAAAGUCGACGAUGAUGGCGUGAGCAUCACUCAGGCUGGCUUCGCCGACGGGCGGCUGUUCUCUGUAGAUGUGCCCAGAGCUCAGAGGGGCACGGACCCAGCGACUGAAGAGCAGACGAUUGACAACCGCUCUCUUCUUGGUGCAUUGAGCUGGCUGAGCUGGCUGAGCAGCCAGAGCCGCCCAGAUCUUCUUUGCGGAGUUGCAUUGUCCCAGCAGCUCCAAAGGGCACCGCUUACAGAGGACGUCCGGUUCCCGAAGCGAGGGUCGUCGAAGGUUGCGUCGCAGCUCGGACAUCUCAUCCUACUGUCCGACCGCGGGAUCGUCAAUGGCCAUACGUGCAAGGCCAGCCUACUGGAAUGGAGGAGCCAGUCCUGCAAACGAGUUUGCAGGUCAACCUUCGGGGCCGAGACUAUGUCGGCUGUCGAAGGCUUGGAAGGGGGCCAAUACAUGCGGGCCCUACGUGGCUCUCUGCUAUGUGGGCGAUUGGUGAAGCACGAGGAGAUCCGCGGGAAGUGGCCUAUCCUCUGCUUGUCGGAUUGCAAGUCAUUACACGACCACCUCCACAAGGCUGGAACCCCUCGCCUACCCGCAGACCGUCGGCUCGCAAUAGACUUGGCUGCUCUUCGUCAAGAACUUCGUUUCGAGCGGUGGGGAAGUCGACUGCCCCUCCAGUGGAUACCGACGGCCAUGCAACUUGCAGACCCCCUCACCAAGCCGAUGCGUACAGACGUGUGGUGGAAAAACCCUGAAAGAGGGCAUCACACUUCCUCUUAA